AUGAAAGCGAUCUACGGACUGAAACAAGCAUCGCGGGUAUGGAGCGAUACUUUCCAUGACUUUGUUUGCUCGAAUGGAUUUCAAGCGUCCGACUUCGACCCAUGCCUCGAUCUCAAGGUCGAAAGCGGACAGUGCGUGCAGUUGUUGGUCUACGUCGAUAAUGUGUUGGCAAUGGGUAGUUCGACUGAGAUGAUUGUGAUUACCAAGGGUGACUUGAAGAUGCGUUCCGAGAUCACUGACAGCGGCAAGCGCGCGUUCGUAUUGGGCAUCGAGCUGUGUACAACAUCGGCGGUAGUGUGA